AUGAAGCUGAACGAGAUGAAGCGGUCCGGCCGCAAAACCCUGGGUGUGGACGAAGACUACACGAACCUCUACCGCUACGCCGCCACUCUCCGCAAGGAGGAUAACCUCGAUCGGGAGGAGCGGGCCGGCGUUGAGAAGUCGGUGGGAAAUUUCCUCACCGGUGCCCUGCGGAACUUCGGCAAGGCACUCGCGGCCAGCAGGGAGCCCGACCUGCGAGCCGUGUUCGCAGUGGUAUCGUUGUGGUUCAACAACCGAACGGACGAUGCGGUGGACGAGGAGAUGAAGGAGAUCACUCGUACGGUGCCGAGCUACAAGUUUAUCCCCCUGACGUACCAGAUCUCGAGCAGGGUGGGGUCGGCGGACGACGCGAGGUUCCGCGCCUGCGUGCACGGCCUCAUCCGAAGGCUCUGCCUCGAGCACCCACACCAUUCCCUCCUGCAGCUACUGGCCCUGGCCAACGGGGAGAACGUCAGCGGCGGGGGGGCCACGCAGGCGAGAUUCAAGCAGAACGUAUCCGCCGAGAAGAUCCAGGCGGCGAGGGGGCUCGUGGAUGGGCUAAAAAAAGUAGCGCCGCCGCCACCAUCGACGGCGGCGGCGGUUGGGGGUGCUGGGCCGGCGGCUUCGCUGUCCAGCAUGCCCUCCCUCGUGUCGGCGCUGGAGCGACUGGCGGAGGCGUACAUCGACCUGGCCAUGGUGGGUGGUACAGCAGUAAACACCACCAAGUUCCACACCAAGAAGACGGGCGUGAUCACUUUCGCCGAAGCCGUGCCCAAGGGCAAGCCCACGCUAGACCGCUGCCUGCGCGAUCGAGGCUCGGGUCUGGCGGCAGGCUCUCGGGGUAGAGGGAGCAGCGAGAGCAUCGGCGGUGGGAGAGUUAUGCCGGGGGUCGUGACGAGACCCCCGGCAGUGAGGGCGGACGCGGACUAUCGGGGAACGCCUACGAUAGCGGGCUUCCAGAACUCCUUUUCCAUUACGGACAGGUUUAGCUUGUUUCCGUUUUUUUUCGCUUUUGGUAUGGUUUAG